GAGUAAUAAUAAUAAAAAUAAUAAAAACACAAUCUCCAAUAUCUGUCCGUCGUCCAUUCAGAAAACUCGGGGACAUCAAAAGCCAAACGCAUCUGACAUUUUAGCAGUCUCCCCCCCUCUCUCUGGCAGACACGCUCACAUUUUUCUAAAAUCUCUCUUUUGUUGUUUGAUGAACCAGAGGGCUAAAGAGCUGCAGAGGCAAGGCUUAAAACCCUUGUAAUUGCCUCGGUCUACUUAGGAUAAUUGCCUCUCGGACAAACAAGAGUUGCAGCUAAUGAAGGUUCCCUCCACGCUUCUCCUACUGUUAUCUCUUCUCUCUCUACUCUCGCAACCUUCUUGCUCCACAACAAUGCUAGUGGAUGGCGUUUCAGAGUGGAAAGACCCCAAUGUUUAUAUAGGAGAUUCCAUCAUUUUCAAACACAAGUAUCACUACAGCUUGUACAUUUUCCAGAACCAAAGAGCUUUUAAUAUCUGCAACUUCACUCAAGCUACACUUCUCACGAAGCCCAAUUCCACCUCCUACACGUGGUACCCAUCACGCCCUGGUUUCUUCUACUUCACAUUCAACAAUGGCUCCCUAAAAUCCUGCAAUCAAGACUCACAAAAACUCUCCAUAAAAGUAUCUCCAGCACCACCACCACCACCACCACCACCACCGGCACAACUCCCUCCAACGGCAUCACCUCCAGUUCCAGCACAAAUUCCAGGCGACAUUGUGUCAUCAUCUCCUGCAUACCAGUGGCCAUCCCGUCCUCGUGAUGAAACAGCCUUUUCCCCUGCUCCUGAACCUGGUGGUAGUGCUGCAAGCUCUCCAAUGGCGACAGUGCCAACAUUGAUGCCAGAUAAAGGUGGUGGUAUUCCUUUUAUUAAUAGCAACCCUGCUGUUCCUCUGCCUACUGGUGAAAUUGAUUCUGCCACUAUUAGGCCCUUGCCCACCUCCGGCCAUCAUAAACUGGUGGCAGUGGGGUUACUUGGAUUUCACACGCCUCUAUUUUGUGUGGUUUUACUGCUGCCGCUGCUGUAAAAUGGAGGAGAGACAAAGCAAUUCGCUGCAAUUUGUGUAAAAAAACCGGUUUUGAGUAGGCGAUAAUAUGCACCACGUACUGUAGUUGAAGAGUCUAAAGUAGCUUUAGCAGUGAUAAUGAUGAUGGUUAUGUAUGCCAUCGAUUGUGAUGCCCUUCUCGGACCCUCCUCUGGAAUCAUUGCCACUUUUGGUCUUCUGUUUUUUUGACAUGCAAUCGAUUGCCACUCCCUUUUCCUUUCCUCUUUA